AUGGAGUAUUUGUCAAGGAGUUUAAGUGCUUUGAAGGAUGAUAGGCAGUUUAAAUUUCAUCCGAAAUGUUCAAAAUUGAAUAUUACUCAUCUGAUAUUUGCGGAUGAUUUGCUUCUAUUUAGCAAAGCUGAUUUAUACUCAGUGGCCAAAAUCUAUCAGUGCUUUCAAAAUUUUAGUCUGGUUUCUGGUCUGGAUGCGAACCUGAGUAAAUGCUCUGUUUAUCUAUCUGGGAUUGAGGAGGGCAUUAAGGCUCAAAUUUGCAGCUACUUGAACUUUUCAGAGGGUGUUCUGCCUAUGAAGUAUCUUGGUUUACCAUUGAGUACAAAAAGGCUAUCUUAUAUUGAUUGUUCUUCAUUGAUUGGAAAAAUUCAAGACAAGUUUCAGUUUUGGCAGCAGAACAGAAAACUGUCAUAUGCAGGUAGACUUCAACUUAUCAAAUCAGUCAUUCUUGGUAUCCAAACUUUUUGGAUUAGCAACUAUGUCUUGCCAAUCAAAGUAUUAGAGAGGAUUGAUAAGCUAUGCUCUGACUUUCUAUGGGGUAAAAAGAUUCAUUUAGUUGCAUGGAAUACAAUCUGUCAGGAGAAAAGACAGGGUGGUUUGGGCCUAUUCUCUGCAAAACUUUGGAAUCAAGCUGCUGCUACAAAAUUAUUAUGGAUGAUUCAUCUUAAAAAAGAUAUUUUGUGGGUUAAAUGGAUCCAUGAGAACUAUCUACAAACCUGUAAUCUUUGGGAGGCUCAAAAUAGAGUGAAUGACUCUUGGAUGUGGAAACAACUCCUCAGGGUGAGAGACAUGCUGUUGAAUAAGUUUGGAAGCUUUGCAUCUCUGAAAAAUGCAAUUGAUGACUGCUGUUGCAAUGAUAAAAUCCAGCAAUCUGCAGUUUACAGCAAACUGGCACAUUCAGCUGCAACUCCAGUGAGCUGGUAUGAGACUGUCUGGGACAAUUUUAACUUUCCUAAACACUCAUUUACUGUCUGGUUAGCUUGCAAUUCAAAACUUCUUACCAAGGAUAGGCUAUGCAGAUUGGGGAUUUUAAAUCCUAAUCAAAACUGUUGUGUUCUGUGUUCUAGUCAUCAGCUAGAAACAAUUAGCCAUCUGUUUUUUGAUUGUCAGUUUUCUGCGGGAAUAUGGAAUGGAGUUAUAGAUUGGUUGAAUUUUAAAUGGAGGUCUUGUGAUUGGAACAUGAUCAUUGGUUGGUAUUCUAACAAUUUAAAAGGAAAGGGUUCCAAGAAGAAGUUAAAGAGGCUUGCACUUGCUGACACAACUUAUAUGAUUUGGCAGGAACGCAACUUGAGGAUUUUCCAAAGCAAAAUGAGGAGCUCGCUGCAGGCAAUGGAUCUGUGCCUUGAUGAUUGUUAUGGAUAUGUGCCUUGAUGCUCGUUCAAAGCUUGCUAGCAUCAUGAGAUCAUCAUGUCUAAAAGAAUCAGUCUCUUCGUAAAGGCUAAUUAUUGGAGUACGUACUUGAUAAACACAAAUAUUCUCUAUAAUUUGACUAUGUUUCACCUAUGGAUUUGUUGUUAUUUGAUGUAUUUCCUUGCAAUUUUGCCCUGUUAAGCUCCAUAGUUCUUGUUUACUUCUCUAUUUAUAUAUUGUGUAGGAAUUACUGGAGCUUAGCGCAGAUUCGGAGUCAAGAAGGACUCAAGGAAUGCAAGAAAAGUGGCUACAGGGUCACCCAGUGUUCAACAACACAGGCGUGUUGAUUACAGAAGAUAAGCCUAGAAAGCAGAGCGAAACAGAAUUAAACACGGCCUGGUCAUGUCGAUCUGCACAGCCGUGUUGGAUGACAGCAGUCAGUUAUCAUGCGAUCUGGAGCAUUAUUUGAAGUUAUCUUUCAACACGUUUUUGUAAAAGAAUUAAAAGGAGACGCCCUGAAGCAUCAGUGAGAGACCAGAGGCUGGAGAUCUUGAUUUUUCUUUCUUCUUCUUCUCUUCUUCUCUCUAAAAAAAACUCUUAGAUUAGGUUUUUCUUUUGCUUUGGAACCUGCUGUUUGUGGAGAAUUGUGUGCAACUUCGACACUACGGUUUAUCUUUCUGAUCUAUUUCAAUUUCUAGUUUAUGAUUAUGAUCUUAUAUAUUGUUAUCA